ACCGACAGAGAUGAUAUACAUUUGGUUCUUGAGUAUAAGAAGGGAGAGACUUGGGGACCUUACAAAAGUCCCAGAGCAAACAGGUAUAUUAUACAUAACGACAAGCAUAAUCCAGAAGCAAGUGGACUGGAAGAUCUCCAAAAAAUCCUGCCAACAUUCAAACCUGAUCUCUUAAUUGUAAGUGGUAUACAAAUGAUGGACAGUUAUCCAUUUGAAGAAGGCAAGCGCUUAAUUCGUUUGAAAAAAAUUCACGAACAAAUGCGCAGUCAGCCUCAAUCGACGAGAAUCCAUUUUGAAAUGGCCUCUUUUGUCGAAGCUGAUCUUGUCAAAGAUCUAAACGAACUUAUCGUUCCGUAUGCUGACAGUUUAGGCAUGAACGAGCAGGAGAUUACGAACCUGCACAAUUCACUUUAUUACGGAAAUAUUUCACUUGUUGCAAAUUCUACUCCAAGAGUAGCUAUUGUUCUCGAUCAGAUACGUGAACUUUUCAAGCUCAUAAGAACAAGAGGAGAGAGUAUUAAAGGUGCCAGGACACUUACCAGGAUUCACGUGCACACCCUGGCUUAUCAGGCUAUUUUGACUGUUAAAGGAUCAUCUUGGAAGAAUACCAUGGCUGCCGCAGCUAAAGCUUCCCUCACUGCCCAUAGACAUGUUUGUAGUACUAAUCGGAUCGAUCUUCAGAAGGCAACUCUGAUAAUGGACGACAGUUUCACCACGUCGAUAAUUUCCGGUACUCGUAUACCUCUGAACGUGGAAGAACCGGUGGCCUGCUGGAACGAGACUUUCCAUGUGUUGGGAAAACGCAUCGAGGUUGACGUGUGCGUUGCACCUGUACUCGUUUGCACCGAAGCCAGUCAAACAGCCGGUGGCGGCGAUAACAUUUCCAGUGCUGGUCUUGUGCUUCAGAUUUGAAGCGACUUUGGACGAUUUUCAUUGAUUCCCUUGUAAUGUAUAGCGUGAUGAUAUCGAUUGCG